UGACAUCACGCAUUAAUUCAAGAUAAUUUCAACGGGUUGGCAACAGAUGCAUUUUGUAUUUUAUUGUACUAUAAUUAAACAUUGAGAAAUGGCUGAAAAUACUACUGCAUCAAAUGCAGAGGAAAAAGCUACUUCCUCAGCUAUGACACAAUGUUAUGAAAAUUAUAUUAUAGUUGAUGUUGGUGCCAAUCUUACUAAUAAAAAAUAUAGCAGAGAUUUAGACAGUGUAAUUCAGAGAGCAAAGGAUGCUGGGGUACAAAAGAUUAUGGUAACAGGUGCAAGUAUUCGUUCCAGUAAAGAAGCAUUAAGAUUAACUAGGAUAUAUCCUGGAACUCUUUAUUCUACUGCUGGUGUGCACCCUCACGAUGCAAAAUCAUGGGAAAAUCCUGAUACUUUGCAAGAACUUGAAAGUAUAGCUAAUAAUCCAGAAUGUGUAGCAAUAGGAGAAUGUGGUUUAGAUUAUAGUCGUGACUUUUCUGAUCCUGAAACACAACGUGCUGUAUUUCACAAACAAGUAGAACUUGCAUGUCAGUUAACUAAACCACUUGUAAUACAUGAAAGAGGUGCUCAAACAGAUGUUCUGGAAAUCUUGAAUCAUUACAGAAAUUGUUUGCCACCAGUUUUAAUCCAUUCAUUUAUUGGAACUGCAAAAGAAGCACAAAUUUAUUUAGAUCACGGUUUCUACUUAGGUAUUACUGGAUAUUUAUGUAAGGAUAAAUCUGAUAGUGGCAUAAGGCAACUAUUGGAAAAAAGACUUGCACCUUUAUACAAAAUAUUAGUAGAAACAGAUGCUCCAUUCAUGUAUCCGAAUACUAGAGCCAGUAAACUACCUGUACAUGUUAAAGAUGCUCUUACUGAACGAUCCAUGACAUUUCUUCAUCGUUAUUGUACUUUCCAACGUAAUGAACCAUGUGCCUUGCCAGCAAUAGUGGAAAUGGUAGCAGCAUUUAUGAAACUUACUCCAGAGGAAGUUGCCUUAGCUACUGCUUUCAAUGCUUUAAAAUUAUUUGGUCUAAAUCAGUGAUGUUAAUA